AUGGGACUUCUCCGGACCAUCGCGAUUGCGAUCCUAGGAUUCUCAGCCUUUGUCUUUGUUGUCCUCUUUGGAAGACUACCAUUCUUUCGGAAAACACCGAUUGGCCUCCUCCAUAGGAUCGUCUGGAUACAUAUCCCCAAUGGAAUAUUGUUUAUUGAUUCUCGCCUUUUCGGUGGACGCGUCUUGAGCUGCUGGAGUAGGGCUGGUAGCUAUGUAUUCUAUGAGAAUCACCCUCUCGUGCUUAUAUUCUUUACGUCGCUUCUGAUUAUCGGCGAAGUCAUAUUUGUUCCGAGUGCUUGGCCGCGGGUCUCCGUGGUCGAUCGAGCUUGCAUCCCAGUCGCUGUAGCUUUCCCGUACAUCUUCCUAUAUCUCAGUGUUAUCACCAAGUCAUUCAUUACCCCAGAGAACCACGACCAGGAGAUGAAGCGCUACCCUUAUGACAAGGUCAUAUUUCAGCCUGGACACCGCUGCACGACAUGUGACUUCCUCAAACCAGCGAGGAGUAAACAUUGCAGCUAUUGCAAGGGUUGCAUUGCUCGGCACGAUCACCAUUGCAUAUGGCUCACGAACUGUGUCGGUCUCAACAACUACCAAUACUUUCUAUCCCUGUUGCUCUCUUUGAGCGUUAUGCUCGCUUACGGCUCUUUUCUUGGGUACACUAUAUUGUCCCAAACUUACGACAGGCUUAUACCACGGACUCACCCAGUUCGCCUGAGAAAACAAAGCUGGACUACUUUCUUCAAUAUUUGCGCAACGGUUGUGGCGGCGGAUGCUCGGGUUGGAGGAGUCACGAUGCUAAUGUUUAUGACUGCUCCGUUGGCCUUUGCCUUCCUUGUCUAUCACAUUUACCUCAUCUGGGCCGGCAUGACGACCAACGAAAGUGCUAAAUGGUCCGACUGGAAGGAUGACGUGGCCGAUGGGAUUGCCUUCAAGUUGAUACGCAACAGGUCCGACUCCCCUCUCCUUGCUUUCCCGCAAAGCACGAGUUCUUGGCCGGUGACUAGUGAUCAAGUCCUUGUAUUUACAGACGGAGAGCCGCCGAAGAAGGGACAUCGAGUCGAAAAAGGCUCAAACGAGGUUCUCCAACCGCGUAACCCGGAUGCUGCCAUUGAUCCGAGGUUCGUCCAGGUCCAAAGCAUGAAGGAGAUCGAUAACAUUUACGAUCUGGGCUUCUGGAAUAAUCUGCGCCAUGUCUUCAAGAUUCCUGCAAGGCGUGAUUCAUGUAGCUAG